AUGCGACCGGCUUACGGUGUGAAUGCAUUUUAUUAUGAAGUGCAAGGAAGCUUGGACGGUGUCAGUGAAAGCGCGCACAACCGUGGAACCGUGCAAGAGAAGCUGAACUCUGACGUUUCAUCAGCGCUGCCACGAAGCGACAUUGUUAUACGAGUGGACGAAAGUGAGUUUGAUAAAUCCGGAAAUGGAGCGAUAUUCCAUGGAUACGUGACGACAUCGAUAUCAAAUCGAACCGAACUUAUCGCCUUGCUCCAAUCCGUGCCUACCAUCGUCAUCGUUUUCCUCGCUCCCAGAGAAGCGUUAGCCACCCACUCGAGCAACAGCCAUAUCGCGACUUGUGAGAGCCUCGGGGUUGGCUGA